AAGUAUGUAAUGUAUAUCCUAAAGUGGCUAAUGUUCUCUGCGCGCCUGCUGUUAAUAGAGGAGGUUGCAGAAGCUGUCGCUAUUAAGGUGGCGCGCGACCUAGUCUUUGACCGCAAUAAAGUGCUCAAAGAUCUGCUAGAAGCAAUGAACAUCUGA